GUGUUGUGCUGGAAUGCUGUGAUCAAUUCACCUACACUUGUGUGUGUGUCACCAAUUUAACACGCAUACAGACAGAGUAACCGGUGGAAGUCUGAAUCAUCCCCUCAUAAACCUGUGGACCUCUACACUAACGUGUGUGUGUACAUGUGCUGGAGUCAAAAUGAUGCUGUCUUUAGCUGCAUCUAGCUAUGGGGGCUAUAUGGUUCUGUACAAAACAUAUACAUAUGGAACACAGGGGUGCAUCUAUUGUGUCUGAAGGAUGUAGCUCCAGUAUUUACUUCCUUAUCAUGUGGAUUUCUGUCUCCCAAGUUUGUGAUGUGUAAUUUUCAUCUCUGCUGCAAGACAUCUAAUACCUUUCUGAUUGACGAGGUUAUCUGCAGUAACAGACUGAUAAAAAACUGUAUUUAAUAGAUACAUGCACAGAUUUUCUGUUUUGCAGAUAAAGUUGAGAAGUGUCGGAAUGUGUGUUGAGACUGAAGUUUGUUAAAUAGAAAUACAUAGUGGACUAGAAAGGAAGGAGGAUAUAGUCAUUAACAUUGCUUUCCUUACCUGCUGAAAAACAUCAUUGGACAAAUUGAUCAAAAAAGGCUUUGGUUCAAUAUCAAAUCAGAAAAACUCAUCAAGCUGACAGAUAAUUCAAAGCCAAAUUAGGAGAAAUGUUGUGGGCAGUUUACCUAUGAGUGUAAAACUGUGUUUUGAUGAAGGACAUAGAUAUGCUGGAUCUUUGCCCAGGCUCUGAAACUUGAUCUUACAUUUGUAUCAGACAAGUGGUAUAUCUCCAUGGAGACUUGACAAUCCAGAAGGUGUCCCACUUUUGUUUUACUGCAGUCAUCUGGAGACGGGAACCAUUGACCUUGACAUUGAUGUUGUUAUGACAACAAGUGUGGGAAAGAUUAGACAAAUGUAAAAAUUGUUCCUUCCAUUGAUACAAAUUUGAUUUCAGCAACUCAUCAAGCAUGGAGAGCUUUCAUUGUUGAUUAACAAGUAACAAUUUAUUAUUACCCAGAGGUAUAUGGAUCAGUUACUUUUAAAUUACAUCCAUUUGUCUGUGAUAUUAGGUUAGGACAGCAUUGACUGGGCUGUGUACAAUGAUGAAGCGAAUGCAACAGUUGUGUUUGGAAGUAAAAAGUUGCUGCAAUUAACUAAGUAAAUUCAGGCCUGACUUGUUAUAAAUCAAUUAUUCUGCCUCAUGUGAGUGACUCAUUGUUGGAGUAAAUCUAAAAGAAAAUGGUUUCUAGGUUUUGAUGCGCUACACAGACAGAAUAGAUAGCAUCCAGUGAACCAGUCAAUUGAUUUGCUACAAAUCAGUGAUGCCAGCUAGGGAAUGAUUGUUGUGGAAAUCAUUUUAAUGGAAAUUUACUUGCAAAUCCUAAUUUGACAGAAAGCAGGAAUGUUUUCACAAGUGCAUAUUUUUGAUCAGGAAAGACCUUUCAUGACACGGAGUAAAAUUUAAAAUAGAAAUAUAAUUUUGAUUGAAAAUGGAUGAUAGCCCGUCAAGCUGAGAGGUGAUCAACUGAGAGACGAGGAAGAAAAGGAUAAAUAUUGCAGUGUGUAACUGUGGGAGCUAGACUGUAACAGCAGACAUUCUCACUGUGUGGAUGAUGAAUUGAGAGAAGGUGUAUUGCCUUGGUCUCUAGUACAUACCUACUCCAUGGAACUAACACAAAGUACAUGUGUGUGCUUCUAAUUACAUAGAAAGGUUUUUAGAAUGUAAAAUCUGGAUUGGGUUAAAUAGGCCCCACCAUCAUUUUCAUCAUCGUUGUCCAUGAUGCGUCAGUGAAUGGAUGAAGGUAGACAUAUUCCCAGGAAUAGUAGUACAGACUGUUGUAUAGACACAUGUACUCUGACUAAUCACCUAGUGUAUAUGUCAAAUGUAUUGCUUGACAAUGUCCAUUGCUUCACAACCUAUAAUCGUGUUCUCUGUAUAUCUUGUACUAAGGAGUGAAUCUGUCUCAAUAUUGUAGAAGCAAUACACUCCAGCAUUACUGAAGGAACAGGCAAAUUCUGACCUUCGUGUCAUUGAAUUGUCACCAGUAAUUCUUUGACACCAACGAAGCUCUGCGUGUACAGAUAUUUGUUUUUUUUCCUGUGAGUGUGUAUAACAGAAAAAUACAUACAAAGUCAUCAUUCAGUAAGGAUAUGUAUCAACUGUUUAUCAUUAGACAACCUAAAAAGGGUCUUCGAAUAUAUCCAUAGGAGACUUUGCAUCAUAUAUCAUAUACUGUAUAUACAGUACAGUAUCUGCAGUUUGUUCCAGCGAAUGGUUCCAUGUGCAGAUACUAGAGUAUUUAAAUUGUAUAAAGUAUCUGCUGGAGUAUUGUAAACUUUGGGAUUGAAGCUGAAUAUCGUCUUUGUGGAAGUGUUAUAUACUUUACUUUCUCUGGAUAUGAUAUUUACUGUGUUAGCUGGUUAAAUUGAAAAUUCUGCCAGCAAAUUUCUCUGGAUAUCUUGCUGUUGGAUUCCUCAUUCUUGUGUCAUUCAGUGUUGUAGUUUAACAGUGUGUAAAUAUUCCUUCUGUUUUAAUGGAUUUGUUUACAUGGAUUUAAAAACUCGUACUAUGGAACUGAUUUGUGUCGAAAAGUCAGUGAAUAUUUGUCAGCCAUCAUUUUCUUGAUAUUAAACUAUACAGUCAAAUUAAAGAAUAUGGCAACCAUCGCUACAACAUCUAUCGGUCCCACUGUGGUGAUAGCUACAGCAGAAACCUCAGAUCCAGGGGGUUCUCCCCGUGGCUCCCUAGGAACCAUCUCUGAGGGUAAUGCAUCCUUAGGUACCACAGUUGACCUAGAUCCUGACCCUGAAGAACAAGGUCAACCUGAGCUGCACACUAUGUCCAUGCGACUGGUGUCUGGCGGCACGUACAAUGUUCGGGCAUCGGAGAUGGCUGCCCAUCUUCAGGAUCGUCAGCCAAAGACGGUGCAGUGUAUCGUACAUUUCUUAGACGAUAGCGAGGAACAGUUUGAAAUCGAUAAACGUGCAAAAGCACAACAUUUACUGGAUAAAGUGUUUGACCACCUGGAGCUGGUAGAGAAAGAUUAUUUUGGACUUCAGUUUGUUGACUUGUCACCUGCUCCGGACCACAUGGUUGGCCAUAACUAUAUGGCGCCAAGUACAUACGCACUGAGGUGGCUGGAUCCACUGAAAACAAUUAAGAAGCAAUGUAGAGGUCCUCCGUUCCAAUUUUUUUUCCGUGUAAAAUUUUAUGUGUCAGAUCCCAGCAAGCUGUCCGAAGAAUAUACAAGGUACCAUUUUUUCCUCCAAGUGAAGCGAGACAUUCUAGAAGGCAGGCUUGUGUGUCCCCCCAGCACUGCCGCCCUGCUGGCUAGCUACGCAGUGCAAUCUGAGCUUGGUGAUUACAAUCCAGAAGAGCACAGGGACAACUACCUCACAGAAUACAGAUUUCUUCCCACACAGACAGAAGAGUUUGAGAAACAAGUGUUGGAACUACACAAACAGCACAGGGGCCAGACCCCAGCUGAUGCAGAGUACAACUACCUUGACAAGGCCAAACGUUUGGAGAUGUACGGAGUUGAUCUCCACAAUGCACGGUCUAUGUCCAUGAUGACGGGUGAAAUAGAGCAGGAUCCCGCGUUCAAUAUAGAUCAGAGUAAUGUGGACAUACAGCUAGGUGUGACGUCUAUAGGUUUGGUUGUGUUCCAGAAUAACGUCAAAAUCAACACAUUCCCAUGGGCAAAAAUUGUAAAAAUUUCCUUUAAAAGGAAGCAGUUUUUCAUUCAGCUUCGACGAGAAGUGAAUGAUGCUGUAGAAAACUUAAUAGGGUUUAACAUGGUGAGCUAUCGUUCAUGUAAAAACUUAUGGAAGUCAUGCGUGGAACAUCACACGUUCUUCCGGCUCUAUGUUCCCAACCCUCCCACCAAGAAAAUUUUCUCUAUUGGGUCAAAGUUCAGAUACAGUGGAAAAACCGAGUUCCAGACAUUGGAAGAAAGCAAGCGGCGAACUAAAAUGGAUCGUUCAUUUUCCAGGUCGCCAAGUAAAAAGUUUGCUCGACGGACAGUUGGAGGACACACGACAAAAGUGAUUAUGGAAGAACGGAACUUUAUAGAUGGACAUCGGAAUAUUCCUAAAUCACAAACAUUCUCGGGACUCAGUAGUGAUGGCACACGAACAGUUUCUGCAGGAGGCAACCAUUCCUUCAAUAGAUAUGACAGUGUCAAUAACCAGAUGCGGGCAACGUUACCGCAUGACUACAAAGUUGGAUCGUCAGUACGAGGAUCUGUUCAUUCUGAAAAAUCUGACGACGAUGGUGGUUUCCUCACUCACAAUGCAAAUAAAGAUACAUAUCCACAACCCAUCCCUACAAAAAAUGUCAACUUCCCGUCAGUGGCAGAUAACCAAAUCAAAGAUAUUCCUAAUCAUACAGAUUCCGACAACCAACUUCCUGCGUACAAUGACUACUUGCCUAACGGGAAUGGUUACCCUGAAGGACAUGGUCUGGUUACCAUACGGAUGAUCCCAGAUGAACAGGGGCGAUUCGGGUUCAAUGUCAAGGGAGGGGCAGACCAGGGCAUGCCCAUUAUUGUAUCCCGAGUGGCUCCUAGCACGCCAGCAGAUCUGGCCAUUCCUCGUCUAAAUGAGGGAGACCAGGUCCUUGUGAUCAACGGGCGGGAUGUUUCACAACAUACGCAUGAACAGGUUGUCAUGUUUAUUCGGGCCUCAAGAGAAACACAUUCAGGGGAGCUGGUUUUGAUCGUGCGGCCCAACGUUUAUGUGAGUGAGGACACACCAGAAGAGCACUACUUUGAAUACUUACCCGAAUCUCAUGUGAUCACAACAACGGCUGGCGCCAAUGCCCUGGACGCUUCUCUGGUACUGCUGCAGGAAAGUCUGGAAGGAGGGGCCGCCCUUGCUCAGUUUGAGCAACUAUACAGGAAAAAGCCAGGAAUGACAAUGAAUGCAGCAAGGCUGGAUACAAACAUUCCCAAAAACAGAUACAGGGAUAUUUCACCCUAUGAUCAAACAAGAGUGAUAUUAAAGUCAGGCGGUGAAUAUAUCAAUGCUAAUUAUGUGAAUAUGGAAAUACCGGGGUCAGGGAUUGUUAACAGGUACAUUGCAGCACAGGGUCCUCUACCCAAUACAUGUGUGGACUUCUGGCAAAUGGUCUGGGAACAACACUCCUCUCUUGUUGUCAUGCUCACCACCAAGAUAGAACGAGGAAGGGUAAAAUGUCACCAGUACUGGCCAGACCUCUACGAGACGGUUGAUUAUGGUGAGCUACAAAUAACUUGUGUCAAAGAAGAGGACACAACAUCAUUCGCCUUCCGCGAGUUCAACCUCACACAUUUAUCAACCAAUGAAGAAAGACACAUAUCUCACAUGCAAUAUAUAGCUUGGCCUGAUCAUGGCGUUCCGGAUGAUCCGGCCGAUUUCCUUGACUUUGUAGGCAAGGUGCGACAGAAACGUACAGGCAUGGUAGAACCAACAAUAGUCCACUGUAGUGCUGGGAUAGGACGGACAGGGGUUCUGAUUACCAUGGAGACGGCUAUGUGUCUGAUUGAGUCUAAUCAGCCUGUUUACCCGCUGUCUAUUGUGAGACAGAUGCGAGACCAGCGUGCUAUGCUGAUACAAACACCUAGUCAGUACAAGUUUGUCUGUGAAGCCAUCUUAAAAGUAAGUCAUGACCAGCUAGUGAAACCAAUGGAAGACUACCAGAGGUGAAAGUGAAUAACAAUGCGGGCCUAUCCGCUCUUACUUACCAUAUCAUCAUCCCAUAUGUGGCGCCGCAGUGGCUGUGUCCCACAUACCCACAGACAAGGUGCCAUUCAUCUGUGUGUUUCCUUGCUGGAGGUCAAAGGCCUCGUGUGUGAUGGAUGGUUUAAUGUGUCACGGCCAUUGUUGCUUGUGCCGCAAUCAUCAAUUUCUAUUCAGUGCUUUGCGUCACUGACAGACAUCACAAGUAGAAGGCCCUUCUCAGAUUUUCAUUCUGUCUAUCAUUGGCAGUGGUCAUCGUCGGUAUAUAUCAAAGUGUUGUCCCUGUAACUGGGAAAUCUCUCUACUGCUGGAUCUGAUAACACAACAACUAUAUGUGAGCUCAUACGAGCCCAAACAAUGAGAGAAUGCAAGUAGUGAUCUUCAUCAAGUUCACUGGCUGUCAAAUAGGAUGUGUGCUCGUAUCAUCGGCUAGGUAUGCCGGAGGUGUGUGUGAAUUUUAACCUCAAAGUGUGUCAAAGAAAUGAAAGGUUUAACCAUUUACAAUGCGAUCAGGAUAACUGUACUAGCAUGACAGUGGAGCUGGAUCUCUCUCCCUGUGUUGUGGAUUCAACAAUAUUAUUAUACAGAUUUACAUAUCCACAUCUUGUGGAAGGGAUCUUAACCUGAUCCAGUUAAAAAUCAAACUCGAUGUUCAGCGAGACACAUGGAGGCACAUAUUGUGUAAGAUACAUCCCUGAUGGUGCAUGGAACAUUAUUUAUGAGAAAAGGAUAUUUAAUAUUUUAAGGGAGGGGAGAUAAUCUACUGAUUAAUGUCAAUUUACAUGUAAAGAAUCAUGCAUGUAAAGGGAAAUAACUCUCCACAGCAUUUGAUUAAGCAGCCUACAGUUGUGCUGUCUGUAAGUGUUGAUCUACGGAUCUGAAGUUUUAAAGCAAUUACUUCAAUUGCUGCUGUGACUUGUCUUUUAUGUUGCCAUGGUAACCCAAAUCUAUUUUAACAAUUGUCAUACUACAAAAUUAUUUGAAGUUAUAUAUUUAUGAAUGUAUUUGUUCUCAAUUUUACUAAACGUAUGCAUGUGUAAAAGAUACCAUUUAAAUAUUUGAAAGAAAUAACAUUAUCAGUGCUUUGUGCUGAAUGAUACUCAAGAAUUUGUUAUUGCUAGUCUGCAAUCAAACACUUUUAGAUUUUUCAUUCCACACCUCUAACUUAUGGAUCUUUAAUUCAAAACAAAUAAUUCAUUUUUUACAUUGACUAUUUCAUAAUGUUUACUAUUAAAGAAGCUAUAUUUUAACUUGAAACAUUUUGAAAUUUGAUUAUUUUCCCUUCUAAAAAAACAUAAUUUACUCAAAUUUGUAAGUGUGUAGUACCAUAUAUGUCAAGUUUAUGUAUCAAUGUAUCGAGGAAAAAAUCACAUGUGGAAGAUUAAUCUCGAUUCCAGAUGGGAAAUUCAAUGUCUAGUUUUAUAGAUAAAGAACAAGUAUUAAGUAAUUUGUAUACCUCAGUGGUAUGGCUGGAUACAACGUGAUAUAUGUCAUCUCUAGCACAUUAUUUUUCAUUAUUUAAGAAAGCUUUCACCGAUUCCUGUGGUAGCUCUCAGUAACACAUGUUUUCUCUGACAUUUUAUAUACUGUAAGUUAUCUUGGAAAUGUUUAUUAGAAGAAGUUGCACAGGAUAACAAGUUGGUUUUCCAGUGUUCUGAAACUUGUGUAUGCUUCUUCUUGUGUGAGAAAUUACCAGUGAGAGGAAACAUGUGGCUUAACACCAAUAUAUCAUUCAUCAUUCUGAUGACAGAAGUUUUAAUUCUAACUGUGUCUGAUAUGCCAAACACUUGUAACAUUAUUUCUGCAUGAGUGUGUGAAAAGGUCAGGUUUCAUUUGAUAACGAAAAUUUUGAAUUCAUAUUUAACAAUAUUAAUGACUGAAAUUUUUCAUUAUUUUGACAUCCUUUACAACUAGUUACAUGAAAUUUAUUUUUGAAAACUUAACAGUUCCUGUCUGCGUGAAAUAGUUGUCAAUUACUUUUCUGUUUAAAUCUUUUCAUAUAAUUUCUUCAGUAAAAAUAAUUAAUUUAAUUUGACUUGAGUCAACUGAUGGAAAAACAAAAUGUAUGAAAGAUAUUUAAGUUUUGAAAUACAGAUACAAGAAGAGGAUUCUGCAGGCUUUCCCUGUUGUCCAAAUACUGUGGUAUCUUUCAUUAUCUGUAAAUCUGUUCUAGAACUUAUAAUGAAAGUGUGGAUGUGGAUUAUUUCAGAUGUAUGAAUGUUGCUUUUGUGUGGUGAGAGCUACUCUCUGAGUGUCCUAUAAUAUAAGGAUGUAUAGACUUUGUGACAAAAUCAUGUUCUAUGUGUACAUAAUGUAUGAAAGGAAUAUAAGUAAUGGAAAACCAUAGUAAAUUAAUAUUGAUCGUACGAAAUAUGAGUCAUUCAUAUUACCGUACAUACAUACCAGGCAAUAUCAAACUUGAUUAAAAUCUUUCCCAAGUAA